GAGCAAGCAAAAAAAAAAAAAAAAUUGAACUUUCGAAGCAGAUUUUUGCGCAAAGGAGGGACCUUGGGAGAAAAUGUCGCUCGCGCCUUCGCUUCCUCGUCUCCGGACUCCAUUCCUCCAUUCACCGCUCAAGCACUCUGCCUCUCUGUACGCCAAGCCCGCCAGAGCCCAGCGCUCUCCCCUUUCUUAUCCGCGCAUCAGAGCUGUCGAUCUCGACCAGAACACGGUUGUGGCCAUAUCAGUGGGGCUUGUGAGCGUGGCGCUCGGUAUUGGCAUUCCAGUGUUCUACGAGUCGCAAAUCGAUAGUGCUGCCAAAAGAGAGAACACGCAGCCGUGCUUUCCUUGCGAUGGAUCCGGUGCUCAAAGGUGCAGAUUAUGCAUGGGCACUGGCACUGUGACUGUGGAACUUGGAGCGGAUGAGAAGGAAGUGUCACGCUGCAUCAAUUGUGACGGUGCUGGCUCUUUGACUUGCACCACAUGUCAAGGAUCUGGGAUUCAACCCAGAUACCUCGAUCGCAGAGAGUUCAAAGACGACGAUUGAAGUCCUUGCACUGGCAGCAGCAGGACCUCUGGAUGCGGCUCGAAGAAGUUACGGACAGUUAUUUGGGAAAAAGCAUAGACAGAGCAUCACGUUUUUGGAGACUGAUUGCAUCAUUGUUUGAUUGUGUUCGUUAUCUCCGGUUAAUGUUGUCAACACAAUUCGCCAUUCGCGAAGUUAGUCGGCUUUCUCG